AUGGCAGCCUUGAACGCAUUGGCGCGCCCCAAGGCAGAGAAGCUAUCGGCGGAAUGGAAGGGCACCAGUGCCACAGGGGGCAACACCAAGAAUUUCAUCGGUGGUGAAUUCGUCGAGAGUCAGACUUCGGAAUGGUUCGAUGUUGUGGAUCCAUCGACACAAACGCUACUCUCGCGUGUUCCGCAGACUACAGACUCAGAAUUCGAACAGGCCGUCAAGGCUGCCUCGGAGGCGUUCAAGACUUGGAGUCGUACAAGCGUGAUCCGUCGUCAACGAUUCGUAAUUGAGCUUCAACAACUUAUACGAGAGAACUCGGACGCGUUGGCAGCCAGUAUUGUACUAGAACAAGGAAAGACGUUUGCGGACGCACAGGGUGAUGUCCUUCGAGGUCUGCAAGUCGUAGAGAGUGCCAUCGCCAUCCCAUCCAACCUGAUGGGUGAUAAGCUUGAGGUUGCGAAAGACAUGGACACGGAGACCCGAAAAGUUCCAUUGGGUGUCUGUGCGAGUAUUGCACCUUUCAACUUCCCAGCGAUGAUACCGCUGUGGACGAUUCCAAUGGCUGCGGUUACCGGUAAUACUCUCAUCUUGAAGCCUUCGGAGCGCGAUCCUGGUGCGGCAAUGAUAAUCGCCGAACUCUGUCAACGCGCGGGUCUCCCCCCUGGUGUUGUCAACGUGAUCCACGGUGGUGUCCCAACGGUCAACGCAAUCUGCGACCACCCAGCCAUUAAAGCGAUCAGCUUCGUUGGAGGCGAUCGCGCGGGUAAGCACAUAUAUGAACGCGGCACGUCACAUGGGAAACGCGUCCAGGCCAAUAUGGGAGCCAAAAACCACGCUGUAGUUAUGCCUGACGCUAACAAAAACUUGGCGCUCAACUCCAUAAUUGGGGCUGCUUUCGGUGCUGCUGGACAAAGAUGCAUGGCUAUUUCAGUCGCCCUCCUCGUCGGCGAGGCUCAGGCAUUCCUUCCGGACCUCAUUGAGCGCGCCAAGAAACUCAACGUCAACGGCGGGUUUGAAAAGGGUGCCGACUUCGGCCCGGUGAUCUCUCCCAAGGCAAAGGAACGCAUUGAAGGUUUGAUCGCUUCCGUUCAAGAGGAAGGUGGCGAAAUUGUCCUCGACGGACGCGGCUACACGGUCGAAGGAUAUCCCGAGGGCAACUUCGUUGGUCCGACCAUCGUGAAAGUGACAACGGAGAUGAAGGCAUACAAGGAGGAGAUCUUCGGCCCCGUGCUUGUGGUCUUGACCGCAGAUACUCUCGAUGACGCGCUUGAUAUCAUCAACGCCAACAAAUAUGGUAACGGUACUGCUAUCUUCACUCAAUCCGGCCCUACUGCCCGCAAGUUCGAGCAUGAAGUCGAAGUCGGCCAAAUUGGAAUCAACGUCCCCAUUCCCGUUCCCUUGCCCAUGUUCUCCUGGAGCGGCAACAAGGCCAGCUUCUUGGGUGACAUUGGCUUCUACGGCAAAGGUGGAAUCAACUUCUACACGCAGAACAAGACCAUCACCAGCCUCUGGAAAGCAGAAGAUGCCGCAGGCCAGCGUGCUUCCGUCAACAUGCCAACUCAUAACUGA